AUGACAUUCGCUGCAAAGCUCGGCGCCUUGACCGACGAGCUGGUCGAGGUCAUCACAUCAACACCGGACAAGCACAUCAGUCGAGAGCGCUUCAAUUUGUUGCGCGAGUCUUCGCAUCGCAGUCUCAAGCAUCACAACUUCCUGCGCACUAAUCAAUUCGACGUUGACAAGCAGCUCGUCGGCCUGGAAGAGCGAUUCAGGGUCCACCAUCGUGAAGGCUUGGCGGAUGCCUUCAAGGAGCGGCUCGAUGCAUUAUCAGAAUUUCGAACGAAGUGGCACCCCGACAUUCUUCAUUUUCUCCUCGAGCUUGCCGAUAAGCCAACACAGAAAACCCGACUUAGCGACCUCGAACUUCUCCAAGAGCCCGAAAAAGACCUCGAACCGCCGCUUAGAUGGGAAGACAUCGCGAAAGAGGAUGGAUGGCACGAGGAAGCCGAGAUAUGGAACUCCAUCGACUACAGCGAUCACUCUGGCGAUGAAUAUGGCGAGGCCAAGUCAGAUACAUCAAGUUUAUCUGACGAGACAUCUCUCUCAACUCUGGAUACAUCAGUCGGCAGGAGACCGGAGGCUUUCGAAAUUGCCUCAUCUGACGAGGCAGCCCUCAAGGUUGUUCAGGACAGCCAGGCUUGGAGGGCAGAAGGCAAGAAGACCGCGUCCUCGGCCCGACCGCAAAAGGUCGCCAUCACAGAGUUCCAGGCGAUGCGAGAGGCCCUCUUCAUGUUACAAGGCCUACCCACGACAUUGUUCCAGAAAGAUGGUCUUGCCGACCCGUCGUACCAGUCCUUUGACAAGAGGUUAUCCAACAUCCAGAGUAAUCUGGCAGUAGCGCGGAAAGAUAUCGUCAUCAGCAUGGCAGCCAUCCUGGAGGAUCUCCGACCAAGAAUGGAACCUUUGGGGUCUCUCUCAGAGAUCAUAAGGCAGCUCUACGAUCCUGCAAAUGGUGGAGCGUUCCGCUUCCUCGAGCUUCUCUACGAUGAAAUCAGUAGAGCCCAGCUUUCUGGUCGCGAUUCAACUUACAACUUUCUGGGACGAAUAUUUUUCAACUGUUUUCAAGUCUAUCUCCGACCAAUUCGACUCUGGAUGUCAGAGGGGCAACUCGUGCCAGGCGAUAAGAUCUUCUUCGUUUCUGAGUCGCCGACCCAGGUUCCACUCCGUCAGGUCUGGCAAGAACAAUUCAAGAUGAGGCGAACAUCAGAAGGUGUCUUGCAUGCGCCCAGCUUCCUGCAGCCAAGUGUUGGCAAGAUUUUCACGGCUGGGAAAAGUAUUGUUGUUCUCAAACAUCUUGGGAAAUUCGAUGCACUUCGUCAACUCUGGGAUGAUCACGAACCCCCUUUAACAUUCGACGCGGUCUGCCCGCCGGGCCUGGAACUCGCACCAUUCCCCGAGCUAUUCACAUCCGCCUUCACUCUAUGGAUGCAGAGCAAAUACCAUGCGACCUCGGAAACUCUGAAACAGGCGCUCUUUGACUCUUGCAACCUAGAGUCGAAUAUUGGCGCACUGCAUCACCUCUUUCUCAUGGCUGAUGGAGCUGCGGCCGAUGAAUUCUGCAAAGGCAUUUUCGCCCGGCUAGACGCUCUCAGGCCCGAUUGGCAUGACCGAUACUCCUUGACUGGUUUGGCUCAAGAAGCAUUUUCGCCACGAGUUGAUACUACCCGCCUCUUCGUUACUGUUCGGAUCGAAGGCCAGAAGAAAUCCGUUGUAGCUGGUCGCGAUCUCAUCCGUACGGCCUUGCCAGAAAUCACCCUCCAGUAUCGUCUUCCCUGGCCAGUGCAGCUCGUUGUCACCGAAGACACAACUGCUCAAUACCAAGCAGUGUUCACGUUUCUCAUGCAAAUCAGACGCGCCAUCGGUCUCAUUCAACGCAACCGAAUCCUCGACGAGCUUGCUUCAAGAAGCGAUAUAUGGGGUAGCAAAGCGCUAUACUACUUGCUCCGCUCGAAGUUGAUGUGGUUUUGCAACUGUAUCCAGACAUACCUGGCAACGUUGAUUCUGGCCCCUUACACAGAAUCCCUCCGCUGGAAAAUGCGAGAGGCCUAUGAUGUAGAUGCCAUGAUCAGGCUUCACGAAGCCUUCGUGAAGCAAGUUAUCGACGCUGCAUGUCUCGGCAGAAAACUGGAUCCCAUACGCAGUGGCAUCCUAGACAUUAUGGACCUGGCAGCGAAACUUGAGGACGCACAAAGCGCUAGCGUCGCCGAGGAGGCUGAGGAACAACAGGAGCUAUCCCGUCUUUCCAUCAUGUCUUCGCCGAUGAAAGCGAGUCCUCGCCGUCGAAAACCGGCUGUCUACGCCGAAGACAGUGACGACGAAGGUGCGGAGCGUCUCGGGACCAGAACCAAAAGGGGUGCAAUUAAUGCAGGCAAGGGCUACCUAGAAUGCUUGCGGGAGAUUAAGACAGACUUUGAGAGGCACCUAAAGUUCAUAUGUGGGGGCCUACGAGGGGUUGCCAGGGCCUCAAGCGACGAGGCGGCUGUGAAAUGGGACCUCCUGGCUGAAAUGCUGGAGGUGGGUGUCAAGGAGGGCGCUUGA